GUUUCCCCACACCCCACACUGUGAACUGGUACUCCUCUUCACUCGAUAAGGCUAGGAGACUGCAGGCUGCUACGGCUGAAGUUUCAGGGACAUCAUCAGGAUUCCCGAACCCUGCCUAACUUUGGCUGUGGAUUUCUACAUCUGCAUCCAUCAGUUGCGACUGACACCUCUCUGAUGAUUGAUAACUGGGCCAGGCACCAAUCUGGUCACAGUAGACUGCCACAGUAGACAUCUUGAGAGAUCUGUGCUUUUAGCGGGGAAGGGGUUUUUGGAUCUUGAGAGUCUUAUGACUGUCAACAUUUUCAGUGUCCCUUGUCCUAAAGCCUAGAGUUAACCAUAGAAAUUGACUGAUUGUAAUAGCUAAUCUUGGCUGUCAAGUUAAUAGAAUCUACAAUCACCACUAGUCUCUGGGUGUGCCUGGGAGGGUUUAAGAUACAGUUAAUGAGGUGGAAAGACUUCACUAUUGUGGGUGAUGAUAGCAUUCUGUGGAUUGGGGUCCUGGACUGAAUAAAAAGGAAAACAUGCACAUUGCUCACUUUUUGCUUCCCAGUUGCUGCUGUUGUGUAGCCAGCUGCCUCCUGCUCUUGCUGCCGUGAUGGACUGUAUCCCUGAAACCGUGAGCCCAAAGAAGUCCCUCCUCCCUUAAGCUGCUUCUGUUGGGUAUUUUAUUACUGUAGCGGGAAAAUUAAUCAAUAUACAGAUGGACCUAAGAAUGUUAGAAACAGGGACAUUCUCUCUUAGUUUCUUCCAGUAGGGCAAAGGAACAGGGAAAUAAGAGACCAAAGGAUUUAGUGACCUGGAGCGCCAGAGAGUCUUUAGACUGAAAGUAGAGAAGCUGAUUGAGAAGAGGAAUCAGAUGGCAGGAAACGUACAGGUUUAUACCAGCCCUGGGAGACUCCAAAGGAAGUAUAAUAGGAGUCCUACCCUUCAGGUCUUAUAAUGAUUUAGUUGGAACAUAAAAACGAAUACACUUGAAAUAAUUCAUAAUUUGAGUCUAAAAUGUAGUGCUGGCAAAAUACAACCUGCCUGAGAAGGGACAGAUCCAUGGACUGACCUCCUCCUUGAGCCGAGGGGGUGAUUAAGUUUACAUAUUCAGCUGAAGGACUUUGUGCCCUAGGUGUGAUGGCCACAGCAUUUGGAGUAGAGUCUGAUUAGCCCUGCCUGACGACUUCAUAGAGGAAGUAACUCCGAGGAGCCUUCAUCACCACUGUCAUGGCGAGUCGCACUAAACAAUUCGUUAGGCAUAUCCUUACAGUCACACUCUGUUGGGAAGGCCAAGCAAACAGACUUGAAGGACUCGUACAAGAGAGGAUGUGUACAGGUAGCACAAGGAAAGGAAAAUGAGGGGAGAGGAGGUUAGAGAUGGCUUGGCAGGGUUAGGGCUGACUCCUGAAAAAAAAGACGAGAGCCUGGACUCAUGGGGAAAGGGAUGAAGCUGUGCAUGGCAUCAACAAGACACAGAAGUGGGGGUGAGCAGGAUGACUGUGGACAAGUGAGCAAACCUGCUGGACUGGUGUAAAAGGUGUGCAGUAUGGUAGCGUGGGUGACUAAAAUUAUAGAGAGGCAGGAGUGAUUACAGAUAGCCUUGGAUGGCAGGCAGAACAACUAGUCAUUUGUAGACUGUAGAGCUAUGUAUUGGGGAGCCACCGGCGAAGGCACAGGCACGAGGCAGAAAGACUGCAAUUUUAUCCUACUAUCUUUAUCGUUUUGUUUUUCUCUGUUUGGAUACCUAAUUCACCUUAUCCUAGUGAAGUGGAUAAGUUGGUCAUUCCACCUGACAUCCUCCUUCUUAGCUGUUUGCUAAAGCAGGCAGCACACACUUUUAAUCCCAGCACUUGGAAGGCAGAGGCAGGUGGAUGAGUUUGAGCCUGAGGGCAGCCUGGUCUACAGAGUGAGUCAGCCAGGGCUACAUCGUGAGAGAUCUUCUUGUCUCAAAACAAACAAACAAACAAGCAACCAAGCAAAAUAACAAAGCCCCCAAAUAAAAAUAAAUAAAAAAGGAAAGCAACCCCUGUGCCCUGUGCCCCACUGGUGGAACACCCAUCUUCCGGCACCCAUCUUCUAAGCCAUCGGCAGUUUUUAAGUUAGUCUCAAUAGUGCCACCACAAAAGAGGAAGUAUGAGCAGCUGCUAGACCAGGGGCAGCUGCACUUCAGAAGACUACCUUCCAAGUGGGAUCUGCCCCUCAGUCAACUCUUGGGAAAGGAAGCGAUAAACGAGGGAGUUUAAAAUGCACACACACUCACACACACAUGCACACGCACACACUAACUGACAAAGACUACAUCUAUCUUGAGGUCAUUCAUAUUUCGGUGGCUGCUUUUUGGCCACUCCUCUCAUAGAUUCCCCUUGCUGACUUCCUCUGGUAGAAGGAGGUCGGCACUGGCAGGGUCUGCUCCGUUUCGUUACUCAGAGGCCGCUGUUUUCCUUUUUUCUUGGGGGGUUAGGAUUAUGCAAAUGAAGCAUGAAAACAAAAGCUCUCUGAGGUGGAGGAGGACUGCCUUUACAAAUCCUGGCAAUUUUAAGAGCUCUUUAAUAAGACACCCCUCUCCGUUUUCAUGAACAUCUCUCUUGGCUCCUUGCCAGUCUAUUUUGAAUCCGGCCCCUCUUCGGAGCCUUUUAACCAAACACCUAAAAGUUUAUUCUGAAACUUCUGCCCUGGCCUCAUUUUGAAAGUGCAGAAAUCAAGGCAUGCAUGUGCUAUCAGUGUCUGUGGGCUGGCUUUUGAGUUUUGCUCCCUGUCUGAUUCAGUCUUCCCUUUGCUGCAUACAGCUUUACCUGGACAGGAGCUCUGACCCAGUUCCCUCUUAGGUUCCCACUUUUCUGAUAUUAUCUGGAGGGCAAUAGGACCUGGGGAGGUUCAACCCUGCGGCCAAGGGAGACACACCUGCCUAACCGCGUGGGUUGAGCGAGUGUGGGAACGAGCCACUUUAGCUGGCUGUGGAGGGAGGGGUAGAAGUGGGUGCCUGCUGCUGCUCCCGUAGAAAAGGAAAGCUGUGGCUCCCUCCUGGAUCCAGAGGUCAUGGUGAGAGAUGUUGCGGAAGACUGGCUCAGGCUCCUUUUUGUUGCGCCUAGCUACCUGGAGCAUCCCUUGGCUAGUCGUCUUGGAACGCUGGCUCAUUUUGUUUUGCCUCAGCUGUCCCUCCCACUCGCCCGGCCCACGCCACCACCACCCCGCCCAAGAGAUCCAGGUGCCACAGGUCCCAAAGCCCAGGACCCGCCGCACUUCUCAAACUGUGCCUUCCUUAGCAAAGUGACUCUGUGAAGAAACCGCUCCAGCCUCUUCUGUUCAGUACUGCGCACUCCGCUUCUUUCUGGAGAGACCUCGCUAGGGGACGGUGGUGGCAUUACUCCAGCCCCCAGACAGGCGGUCUGGAGGGCGGGGCUUGGAGAACCUUCCUGAGAACCCUUGCCUCUCAGCAGGUCCUGAGAGCUCUCUGGUGCGCAAACUCCAGCAGACAGAAGCGCUAAUAGGCACAACCUAGCAGCAGGUUGGAUGGAUACCUAGUUGCUGAACUAAAUCCUCCAGGCUGUGCCCCUUCUGCCUUGGUUUGGUUCUCCGCUGAUUUGAGAGGCCACACUGAUGAGAAUUCCCCCAAGAGAAGCUACUGGCUGUGUGAUGCGCCACCCCAGAGUGGCUACUCCCCUGCCUCGGGUACUGUGAAAGGAGCCUCGGUGGAAACAGCUGUUCCUUGACUUUCCACACUCCUGGAAUUGGAUACCAGCCUCAGUGCUGGGGCGCUUGUCCUAGCUUCUCAGCAUCUAUGUUGAUGAUCGCAUUAGAGUGAAGUUCAAAGAGAUACUUCUGGACUCGCGAUUUCAGACUCUUCAAGUUAAGCUUAGAAGAGAGGUGGCUCCUGUUCUGACUUGUUGGGCUUCGUUCAGGAACUUGACUUGCCACAGUCCACCUGACUGAUUCUUGGACAGCAGUGGCCACGGGGGCUCUAUUGGGGAUGGAUGGGGAAGAGCUCUGAACUCCAGACCCAACGAGAUCCUCCACAAUGGACAGAGUUUAUGAGAUUCCCGAGGAGCCAAAUGUGGUUCCGGUUUCAUCUCUGGGAGAAGAUGUCAUUCGUGGACCUAACCCACGCUUUACCUUUCCGUUUAGUAUCCUCUUCUCCACCUUUUUGUACUGUGGGGAGGCUGCGUCUGCCUUGUAUAUGGUUAGGGUUUAUCGAAAGAAUAACGAAACCUUCUGGAUGACAUACACCUUUUCCUUCUUUAUCUUUUCAUCCAUUAUGGUUCAGUUGACCCUCAUUUUUGUCCACAGAGACCUGGCCAAAGAUAGACCACUAUCAUUAUUUAUGCAUCUAAUCCUCUUGGGACCUGUUAUCAGAUGUUUGGAGGCCAUGAUUAAGUACCUUACACUGUGGAAGAAAGAGGGGCAAGAGGAGCCCUAUGUCAGCCUCACCAGAAAGAAGAUGCUAAUAGAUGGCCAGGAGGUGCUGAUAGAAUGGGAGGUGGGCCACUCCAUCCGGACCCUGGCUAUGCACCGUAAUGCCUACAAACGUAUGUCACAGAUUCAAGCAUUCCUGGGCUCAGUGCCUCAGCUGACCUAUCAGCUUUAUGUGACUCUGAUCUCUUCAGAGGUCCCCCUGGGUAGAGUUGUCCUAAUGGUUUUCUCCCUGAUAUCUGUCACCUACGGCGCCACCCUCUGCAAUAUGUUAGCUAUCCAGAUCAAGUACGAUGACUACAAGAUUCGACUUGGGCCCCUGGAAGUACUUUGCAUCACCAUCUGGAGGACAUUGGAGAUCACUUCCCGCCUUGUGAUUCUCGUGCUCUUCUCGGCCACCUUGAAGUUGAAGGCUGUGCCAUUCUUAGUGCUCAACUUCCUGAUCAUCCUCUUUGAGCCCUGGGUUACAUUUUGGAGGAGUGGCGCCCAAAUGCCAAACAAUAUUGAGAAGAAUUUCAGCCGGGUUGGCACUCUGGUGGUACUGAUUUCUGUCACCAUCCUCUACGCUGGCAUCAACUUCUCUUGCUGGUCAGCCAUGCAGUUGAAGUUGGCAGACAGAGACCUUGUUGACAAAGGUCAGAACUGGGGACAUAUGGGACUGCACUAUAGUGUGAGGUUGGUAGAAAAUGUGGUCAUGGUCUUGAUUUUUAAGUUCCUUGGAGGCAAAGUGUUACCGAAUUACUGCCAUUCCUUGAUCGCCGUGCAGCUUAUCCUUGCUUAUGUGAUUUCCAUUGGAUUCAUGCUCCUUUUCUUCCAGUAUUUGCACCCUUUGCGCUCACUCUUCACCCAUAACGUAGUGGACUACCUCCACUGUAUCUGCUGCCGCAGGCACCACCCGGAGAGGGCUGAGAACGCAGAGCCAUCCGGUGAGGCUGAAACAAGACAGAGUAGUGUCUGAAUUUUUUUUUCUUCUGAACAUUAUAGGGUGGGUUUGGGAUUGACAAGAGCAACUGUGAAAUUGAAGGAGACCCCUAUGUGUGUGUGUUCUUCCAGAUUCGUUUUUUCGACUCUUUUAGUAAUCCUAGUGCAAGAAAGACUGACGUCCAAAUAGGGUUUCCUUUUUUUAGGAUUGACUGCUAUGUUUGGGUACCAGCUCUAAUCACUGUUUGUUAGUUCAUCCUCCUCCUACCCAAGCCAGUUGGAAUAACUUCCGGGUACCUUCCUCUGGCUCCGCAUUUCCAGCUUUGCCCAUCUGUUUGAGUUAUCACUGUUGCGUCUCCCUGGGCUGAUCUGAACUCGACCAGGACACAUCUGGACUGACCAGAGGAUAUGACAGCUUACUAGAAAUGAGCACCUCCCAGAAAACAGUCUGAGCCUUGUGGUACCUUUACCUGUGAGAGUGGCUGAGAUAUUUUGAUUCCAAUGAGAGACUGUGGCUAAGAAGAAGAAGAAAGCUACUCCCCAGAUAAGCUAACACUCCACUAGGAUUUUACCAGUGGUCAUUCAGCAAAGACUUCUCUUUUUAGAAGCCUUCCUAGGCACCCCUUUAUAGAAGGGUAUGCAGAAUAGGAUUCAUUCAGGGAAUAAAUCAGAAUGGCAUAUUUUUUUUUCAAGGCAGAACUCAAAGUCACUCCGCAGCUAAGAACUAUGUAGUUUGAACUCCUGAUCUUUUUUGCCUUUGCCUUCCGAGUACUGGGAUUGCAGAUGCAUGGCAAUGCACCUGGUUUAUAUGGUGCUGAGGGUUGCAUCCAGGCCUGGGCAAGCACCACUUAGGUGGUGCUGAGCACUGGACCCAGGGUCAGAUAAGCACUCUACCAACUGAGACAUCCCUGCCUCCCCCCAGGAUGACUCUUAAGGAACAAUGUAGGCUUCUAGCUCCAUUGAGGGAAAUGUUUGAGCGAAAUUUCUCAGCUGGUUCCCCAUUAUUAGGGAUUCCCUCCAAUCCAGCUUUUCUGUCGCUUUGCAUUUUGUUACUUGAUGGAAACAUCAGAGAAGCCGAACUGUAACUGAAAGUGUUUAUGACCUGUGAAAGAAAAUGAAGAUUUCUUUGUGUCUGCUACUGUCCUGAGUGCUUCAUUGAUUUUCAUUUAGGGGGAUAAAGUCGUAAUGGCUAAGGCAGCACCUUCCUGCUGUUUUGAAUUGGGCUGGGUGACUCCUCAGCAAAGGAAAGGUGGAAGAGAGAAGCUGAUCACAUGAGAUUAUCAACACUGCUUUCUCCCUGGGGGAUUUUACUUGCUAUUGGGGAAUGUAGGUUUUUUUUUCUCAAUCUUUCUGUCAUUAACAAACCCCAAAGGCCAAAUCGACAUGUUUCAUCAUGCUCAAGUCUUAUCCCAGCUGGAUCCUUUGCUGGGCUUGUCAGCUGGAUGCAUAGAAGGUAACCAAACAACUGGCACUGUCCUGGCCACUGCCUGCCAGCAAACCAAUGAUCCCAGCCUUACCCGACCAAUCAUUCUUCCCCACAGACCAGGAAAGUGAGAUGACCUCUCAAAAGUACACACUAGCUGAGGAGCUGUUGGCAGUUGGUGGCUGCUUGGAGAGGGAGAGUGUUUUCUUCAUGGAUGUAGCCCCCGAGAGGCUUCUAGUGCUCCAGGAGAUGCCCCUCCACCCAGCACACACUGGAAACACUAAGUGGAUGCAGUGGGGUCUAAGGGGAAAAAGAGAAGGUACACGGGUUUAGAAGGGAAUAGUGGUGAGGGGAUGUAGGGGGAAAAUUGGAAUGGAGGGAAUGAGGGAUGGGUUAGAUUGGUAAUUUACUUCUCAAAACAUUAAAGAUGAAUACAAAAUAGAAAACUACACGACUUGUGGCUACCAUGUUUGAAGAACUUGUAAAGAAUCUGACAUGCGGUCUUCUGCCACCAUCUAGUUGUGGGCGCUUCCUCUUCUAGGUAGCUAGCUGUUAACCAGAAUUAUCCCAGUUUCCUCACGUCUGCUGUGGUUCUACCAACUUCACCUGCCUUGGGGAGCUAAAAAGAUUGGCUAUUUAAUUGGGGAGAAGAACGUAAUGAUUCUGAGACAGCAGAUUUCCGUUUACAGCCUUGACUCCUUCUUCCUAUUUUAUGAGGACAGAAUCCCGGGUUGGCAUGUGAGACUGACAUGGACUUCUGACACCUACUCGGGGAGAAUGUGAAGGACAUCAUCACAUUCGAAAGGAACACUGCCUUUUCAGAUGCCAAGCAAGAAUUUCUGCCUAGUGAUUGCUGUGCCCUUGGUUAAAAGCUAAAACGGUGUUUAGAACAAUAAUUUGGUGCAUAAAAGCAUAUGAGUCAGCUCCUUAAGGGGAGAAACUAUGGGAACAGAGAGACACAGGGUAGAAAUGAGUGCCUCAAUGUCAAAUCCGGUACAAGCAUUUUCCCCAUGUGGCCUUCCAGCCAUGAUGACUUCAUAUCCUAGGAAUGAAGAGAGUUUAGGGACAGGGGUGUGGAGUAACUUCUAACCUGAAAAACCUGCUGCCCUGACCAGGAGAAGGGAGAAGGGUUGUGAUGGAUACAAUUAUGCAAACGAACCCUUAGAUGCUCCUCUGUGGUAGCCUUCCUGUUACACGGCCAUCUUCCAGCCCACACACAGCAAGUGUGGCCUAUGAGAGGGUGGGCAGGGGAAGGACCCGCUUCCAUUUGCAAACACCUGUAAGUUCCCUCUUUCAGCAUAGGAAGGUUUUUUUCAGUCCUGGGACUUGCACUCAGUGCCUUGCACCUGCUAGGCAUGUGCCACACCACUAAGCUGUAUACUGAUUCCUUUUUUUUUUUUUUUUUACUUUUUCUCCUGAAAUAGGGUCUUGGUAAGUUGCCAAGGCUGGUCUUGAGCUCACUGUGUAGCCUAGGCAGACCUUGAAUGUGCGUUCCUCCUGUCCCAGCCUCCCUAGUAGCCAGAGUUAACAGACCUGCACUACCAGGCCCAAAUAUAUUCUCUGAAAUCAGGGUGUAGAAUAUGGACAAGUCUUGCUGCGUGAAAGAGUAGACGCAGAAUAGGCUAGCAAAGGGUUUCUGGGGAAGGAAGACUGAGCCAUGAGGUUUGGAUAAAGGAACUACUAAAGCAAGAAUUUCUUCCUAGUAGUCAACCUGUUCUCAACAGCUGUUCUCAUAAUGGAUAAUUUUGAUAGGCUAGAUAGGGGCAAGUCAGCAUAGAGGAAGGUGUAGAAAAUAAAUUGUAGUCAUCAUUUUCACUUGUUUCACAAGUAUUUUAAAUACUAUGGACACAGAACGGUGAUGUACAGUGAAAAAUUGAAAUAAUAGCUUUUGCUUAUGAACACAGUGUGUAUAGUAUAGUAUAGUAUAGUAUAGUAUAGUAUAGUAUAGUAUAGUAUAGCUUUAAUUAGAGAUGAAGUCUUACUUUGUAUCCCUGGAAUUUGAUGGCCUGGAAUUCACUUUGUAGACCAGGCUGGCCUUGAACUCACAGAGAUCCACCUGCCUCUGCCUCCCUAGUAAGUACUUGGGUUAAAGGUGUGUACCAUGACACUAGGCCCAUGAAGAUUUAUAUAUAUAUUCUAUUUAUAUUUAUAUGUUCAGUCCUUACAACUAUCUCAAUAUGGUAAGGUAUUUGCUACUACACCAAGCCUACUUUACAAGUAGAGUUCAAGGCAUAACAAGGCUGAACGAUACACUCAAUGUUGAAGCCAGUAUCAAAGCCAGGGUUCAAUCAAGACCUAAGCCUCUAUGUCCUAAGCGUUUGUGAAAUUAUCUUAGUAGUUUCAGGAUUCCUUUCUAAGAUAUAGCUAGGUUCAUGCCAAACAUUCUUUGCUCCAAGCAUGUCUUAUCAGAAGACAGCACUCGAUUCCUUCUACAAAGAGAAGUCCUAAAGAACCCGAGCUGAAAACCAAGUGUGUGUUCAUAGGCACCUGUAGUUUAGUACAAAGGUGCGGGGGAUGGUGGUGGCUGGUAAGUCCCUUUCUGGUUUCCAAUCUUUGUCUCACUUAGGCAUUUUAUUUGUGUGUAUCUUUGUUGAUGAGUUCUUGCUCUUUGAGAUGGGUUCUUGCUCUGUGUCCUAAGUUGGUCUCUGCCUCACUGGGUAGCCCAGGCUAGUCUUAAACUCCAAUCGUUCUGCCACUGUCUCACAAGUGCUGAGAUUAUAGCAUCAUGAGAACAAGGGAGGCUAUGAAGGCAUGGGAGCAGGGAGUCUGCCGGGAAUCUCUUUCUUAUGUAUUAUGUAUGUGUAUGCACAUAUGCCGAAGUGCACCUGUGGAGGUCAGGGGACAACUUUUGGGACUCAGUCCUUUACUUUCGCCAUGGCAUCAUGGGUUUCAGAUCUAAAACUCGGAUCAUCAGGCUUGUACAAGAAAUGCUUUUAUCUGUUGAGCCACUUCCCUAGCCCAAUACUGUAACUCUUUGUACUGUUGUCUCGGUUUUUCCUGUGAACAUAACAAUAUAAAGAACAUCAAAAAAUAAACUCCUUUAAAAACCCUGGAUCACAAUUUUGAGAGCAACAAGUAGCGGUGACAGUGUGACAAUUGAACUAGCACGACAGCGUUGUCUCCAAAAUGAUCGCUUUAAAUGUGUCUUUAGGAAACUAAUUCUGUAUAAUAAACUAUAUGCUAAGUACUCCUAAAAGGUAGCAUGCUUUGGUUCUUAACACAUUAACCAGCUUGGAUUCUAACUUAGCAUCAUUAUUUGAGUUGACUUUGCCAUCUUGCUGGGUUUUUUUUUCCCAGUAAGUCAAAGAAACUUUGCACAUGUUAUACUCAGCAAACUUUUCCUUCUUUCUCAUCCUCCUUUGUUCCUUUUUCCACACUCCCUUGUUUUGCAUCCUGAGAAUCAUACUUGACCAAUGGUUCCGUUUUGUAAACAAUGACAAAAACGUGGGUGGAAUUAAUUAUUACAAACUCUUUUCAUCAAUUCUUAGUUUAGAGAAUGGGGAGACUACUGGAGAUUUCUCCUUUUUAUUAACUAGUUUGGAAUAUUUGGAUUUUAUAAUGCUUCACAAGACACAUAAUUAGAAGAGCAUACUACUUAAAAAGUAAAGAUGUAUGGAAAUUGAUUCAUACACAGCUGUCUUCACAAUAGCUUUAAGGUUUGGAUGAAGACAGGCACAUGCUUCAUAGAAUGAACUAGAAAUGUAAGGUAAAUUAUAAUGGGUACCUUUGAAAAAAAAAAGGGCUGUCAUCUGCUGAGUCUCUGCUGGAUACCAAGGUCCACGUUGGAUCAUUUAUAGACUUCCAUUUGAUUAUCAUGGUAUUCUUAUGAGGAAGAUGUUCUCUAUCUAUGCGACCUUGGACAAGAAUGACUUGUCCAAGGCCGCAUAGUUUCCACUUCAAUCUUUUUGACCCCAAGAUUCCAGUUUGUUCCUGCUCUACCACACUGCCUCUCAUGGAUGGCAAUUGUCAUGAUCCAGACUUCAUAGCACAGAAGGCAGUGGACAUUUUAUACUCACCUUUGGAUCUUUAAAUGGAGUGGGCCCAUUCAUAUACCAUAUAGAAAGGAACAAACAAUGGGUCUCUUUAAUAGGGGCCCUGAUCUGGAUUGAAUUUACUACAGCCAUCUUGGUUGUGCCUGCCAUAUUACUUAAAAGAUGACCCUGGGAUGAAUUGAAAUCCCAAUAUAAUAAAAGAGUAAAUUAAAAUAGAGUAUGUCCUGCCCUCCAACGAACUGUUUCAUAAUGAAUACUUGCUAUGUUUAUAGUUUCUGAGAAAUGUCAGCAUACUUUUCAUUUGGGAUCAAUGUAGGGAUCAAGUGAAAUCCUUAGUCAAUGUGUGCUAUUGACACAUCCACGGCCAUGUCAAGACCCCCAAAGCCUCAGCCCCAUAGAAAUGACCAAUCUUUGCCUGGGUGAGGCUCAGAGGCAUGGCAAAGCCUCCCUCUGGUCUGUGUGCAGCUGCUGAUAGCAUGUGCAGAGAAUGUACACCAUAGCUUCCUCCCUCCAGAUGUUUAUGGCCCAAAGACCAUCAGGGACUGCUCCUACUGAGAUUAGCCAAACCUGCCUCUUUGACUCAUCUGUAUCCCAUAAGUCCUGCCUUCUUGAUUCAGCUGUAUGCAUAACCCUGCUGUUCUGCUCAUAUGUGUAUAACACAUAUGCUAAGCUUCUGGGUGAGAGGGAUUGUGACUUCUCCAUCAGAGAUCCCAGUCCACCCCAUCCUAGCUUUGUCUGUAUGUCUUUAGUCAUUGUCUUGCCCCCCCCCCCAGUCAGGCCAAUCCCUGGAGCCAUGCUGGACAUAGCAGUCUGAAAGACUUUGAGACACCUUAGCACUACUGCACCCCCCAUCCUGGGAACCAGGCCUCUAGCAUUAGGAGGCACCUUAGCACUACUGCACCCCCCUUCCUGGGAACCAGGUCCCUGGUAACCAGCCACGCGUGCACUGGAGCUUUGAGUACUUUCCAUCCCCAUUGUAGUCUUUCUCCAAUAGACCAGGACCCUGGAACUGGGGUGAGACGACCUGCAGGUGUUCCUCCUUGUAACCGCCAUAACAUUGAUCAAGUAGAGUUAGCUGACCAUUGUAUGAACUAGUCAAAACAGUUGACAAAUGAUUUUUGGACUUUCCCUUUGAUUCUGUACUACCCCCUCCCUGAAUUUGUGUUUUUUUCCUUUAAAAGAGCUUGUAAUAGACAAAGCAGGGUCCUUCUCCUCUCGAGGCUGAGGGACCUCUGCCGUGGCAGAAUAAAAAUUCCUCUUGCUAUUGCA